AUGAUUUACUCCUCAGGAAGAGAAUCCUUCUUCAACCUGAACUCCACCUGGUACGACCCCUCUGGCUCCUGGCUGGACACGCGGCGCACGCCCUUCCGCUACGGUUACUCCACCUGCUGCUCCUCGGGCGGCUCCUCGGGCUGCCACGGCGAGGGUUGCGAGGGCAUGAGGGGCCACGACUACCGGCACUACGGCUACCGACAGCCCCGCUGCGCCGAGCGCUGCCACGGCUCCUCCAGCUCGUGCCAUGGAGGGGGGGACGGCUGUGUCAGGAGGCCCACGUACAGCUAUGGGGGCUCAGGAGGGUGCCAGGGUUAUGGGAGGUCUGUGUGUGCUGAAAGGUGCCAGGGCUCCUCAGGUUCAUGCCAUGGAGGAGGGUCCAGCUGUGUCAGGAGACCCACGUACAGCUAUGGGGGUUCAGGGGGGUGCCAGGGUUAUGGGAGGUCUGUGUGCUCCGAGAGGUGCCACGGGUCAGUGGUCCAAGGGGGGAAGCCGUGCUGUGGGACCCCCGUGCAGAGCAUCCCAGUGCAGAGCUGUCCCCAACCAGUGCAGAGCAUCCCAGUGCAGACCUGUCCUCCACCAGUGCAGACCUGUCCUCCACCAGUGCAGGUCUGUCCCUGUCCCUGUCCCCCUCCCGUGAAGAGCAUCCCAGUGAAGAGCUGUCCCCCUCCAGUCCAGACCUGUCCCCCUCCAGUCCAGACCUGUCCUUGUCCAUGUCCCGCUCCGGUCCAGCAGGGCUGUGUCCCCGUGGCCAAGGGCAUCCCCCGCCAGCAGCAGAAGCAAGUCUGCAAAGUGCCAGCCCGGAAGAUCAAAUAA